UAAAUUGUUUUAAGUUAUUUCGCGAAAUAUAUAACGUUUUUACUUUGGAUCUAAAGUUUUAUCUUUUUCUUUAAAUCUUUAGACUCGUGUGAAUACUCGUUUCUUUUUAAAAAAUGGAACUCACCGAACAAAUCACCAUACUUAAAACAACUUCCUUAGCGCACAAUUCCCGAUCUCUAUUUUUAUCUCUACUCAACUUAGUCUUAAAAUACUCGAUCAUUCUCCGGGAAAAAAAGCCGGAACCCAUAAUCCAGAACAUGUACAUAUCGGAAAUACAACAUCUCGAGAUCGAAUAUCGAAUCAGACACUCGAUCGUCAAAAAUCGAAGAAAUUUCUUAUCUUAUUUCUUUGUUAUUCCAUCUAAAAAUAUCCAUCGUUCAAAAUUUUAAUAACUCAUCGAAACAUGCCGAUAAAAUCUCCGAUUGUAAAUCAACGAUAUCCACAAGCCGAACAAUUUCCAAAGAUCAGAAAGCUUCGAGGUUCCUUAAAGGAGGAACCGGAAAGAGGACCGGAUCGAAGCAAAAUUUUCUUCGACCCUCGAUUUUCCCAACUCCCCUCCCCACGAUUCCGAUCUCUGAGUGACCACGGAUCGCUCGUUUCAUCGAAUCCGUCUCCCGCGCGCGUGCCGUCGGGUAUAUUUUCACAGUCGGUUGGAAAUAGCCGGCCACCGGUCUAAUAUUAUAAUAGCGAUGACUGGCGUGGCUCUCGGGCGAGCGAGCGCGAGCGAGCGGGCGAGCGCAGUCGAGAGUCGGUGCCGAGACGGUGGACGGUUUCGUUGCGUGUGUGACGCGUGUCCGCAGGAACGAGAACGGGACCGGAUAACGUUACUUCUCGCACGCCGUCACCGGAACUCGUCGCAGUUUCGCGUUUCCCGGCCUUCGAGGAAGAGGAAGGCUUGGCCGCGAGAAAUCGCUCCCGCCGAUUCCAGUCGCGAUCGUAGCUGCUCGCCGGCCAGACCCGCCUCGAUCGAUCGCGCGCCGUGUGAAAUCACGUGGACCCUCGUGAUCCGCUUCAUCGCGCCUCUUCCAAAGUUCGCGCCAAAGUCGUUGAGUGGCUACUUGUUCGAUGCACAGUUGUUGGCCGUGGUUCGAGCGGAUUCGAGUGAAUGUGGACAAAAAGUUGUAUCGAUGAUUUAUAAACUUUGGGACUUGGUUUUUCUUGGUUUAGUGGUGUUUUAAAAAAUACAAUGUUCCCA